UUUGGGCUGAUCCGAAGGGCGAGCUUCGUUUUCAUCGCAUCGAGAUUCCCCCUAGGGUUCCUAUCCAUCCGCUUCCGGAUCUCAGAUCGAGCUAGGGUUUUCGACCAUGGCUUGAGCUAAGGCUUCUUCUCGAUUCGAUCUUGUGGUUUCGACCAGGGAAUGGCGACAGGGAGGCCACCCAGCUCGAUUGGCGCCGUUGGCGCCAUCGACACGGCACCGCUGCUAGGCGCGCGGGGUGGUGCUGGUGAUGACCGCGGCGGGCGUAGGUUCGGGAGGCGACCUAGUUUGCGGGGUGCAGCGAGGUUUCUUCGCCGUGCGAGUAGCCGGCGGAUGAUGCGGGAACCGUCGAUGCUGGUGCGUGAGACGGCGGCGGAGCAGUUGGAGGAGCGGCAGAGUGAUUGGGCAUAUUCGAAGCCUGUUGUUUUUCUUGACAUCCUUUGGAAUAUGGCGUUCGUUGGGGUGGCUGUUGGGGUUUUGAUCUUGAGCCGGGAUGAGAGUCCGUCGAUGCCGUUGAGGCUUUGGAUCGGAGGGUAUGCGCUGCAGUGCAUGUUGCAUAUGGUUUGCGUGGUGAUAGAGUACCGGCGGAGGCAUCCGAGUUUCCUUGUGGAAGAGGGAGGUAGUGGGAGUCGGGGGAGCUCGAGUCCGGGUUCUCCCGUGGAGGUGGAGGAGGCGGAGAGUUAUGAUGAUGAGCAAGGUGAAGAUGAGGACAGAACUAGUAGUGUUGCAAAACAUUUGGAGUCUGCAAACACAAUGUUCUCAUUUAUAUGGUGGAUUAUUGGCUUCUACUGGGUAUCAGCUGGUGGCCAAGAAUUGACUCGUGAUGCGCCCCAACUUUACUGGCUUUGCAUUGUUUUUCUGGCAUUUGAUGUGUUCUUUGUCGUUUUCUGUGUUGCUCUGGCUUGCGUAAUUGGUAUUGCUGUUUGCUGCUGUCUACCCUGUAUCAUCGCAAUUCUAUAUGCAGUUGCUGAUCAGCAGGAAGGAGCAUCUGAUGAGGACAUUCGUCAACUACCAAAAUUCAAAUUCCGAAGAAUUGGAAGCUCUGAGAAGCUUGGAGCUGAGACAUCUGGACCCUUUGGUGGAAUAAUGACCGAGUCCGCCAGUGAUUCUACUAAUGAACAUGCUCUUUCGGCUGAAGAUGCUGAAUGCUGCAUUUGUCUUUCAACAUAUGAUGAUGGGGUGGAACUGCGAGAGCUUCCAUGCAGGCAUCAUUUCCACUGUGCUUGCAUUGACAAGUGGUUAUACAUCAAUGCCACCUGCCCCCUCUGCAAAUACAACAUAAUAAAGAGCAGCAACCAUGGAAGGGAGGAGGUGUAAAGAGAAUUUCUUCACGAUGAGGCACGCCGCGUGUGCUUGUAUCAGUUGUGGACUUGGAGGUGUGCCUUAAUGAGAGGUGCCUGCAUUUUAUUUUAGCUUUAGCUCUCUUUGUUCAUAAGGUUUGUUUGAUCCCUAUCCUAUAGAAAGUAUUUGGUGACAAAUUACAUAAUGUUGCUUGCUUUUGUAUUUGUUGUGUAAUUAUAAUAAAAUAAGGAUAUGAUGUUUGUUGUCUGUUGGUCAAGUAUUUCAUAACCGGGUUUCCAGUGUUAGUCAUUCAAACAAUUAAGUGUGGUGUGUUAUGAUGCUAUACUUCUAAAUGAGUUGUUUAGGUGGUG